GCGUCUCAUGUCUCUAGUCUCAGGAGUCUUCUACAGCCAACAUGAGGGGACUUUCUGCUGGACUGCUGAGGGCUCGAAAGGCGCUUGCUCCGAUACCAGGCGCCAUGAUCCAACAAAGAGCCUGUUCCAUCCGCGGCAAACCACCUAAAGACAAAAUUGGCGUGCUGCAAACCGUGUUCGUGCUGACGGUGAUGACCUUGGCCGUCCUCGGGCCCGCUGGCUGGAUCCUUUCCCACUUGGACGAGUACAAAACUCGUCGCUGACUGCCGAGGCCCUGAAAGCCUUGUUUACACUUGUUAAAUCCAGUAUGGAUGCUGUUCAAGCUGCCAUUUGACCCUUGUUGGGAUGUUUAACACAAUAAACUUGAGUUUCUCAUUUUAAUUGUCAGCUCGUUGUCAAUUUUUUUUUUAAUUAACUGACUGGUGCAGUUGGGUCUCUACGCCGCUAGGUGUCGCAAGCUGUCGGCGGAAGUGAAACCCCCUCUUUGCCUACAAACAGGCGUACACAAGGCAUCCAUAUCCGAGCCACCCUGUUGGUUUAAAAAAAAAAAAAAAAAAAAGCUAAUCCUAACACGACGCCAAAUCGCUCCCAUGCGCCAUGAAGCCGCAGCCGGCGGAGACCAACAAGCGGCAAAAGGCAGCCGAGGCCGCUCUGUCCCUGCAGGAGGAGCUCGCCGCAGCGAUCCACGGAGCCUUCCGAGUGGCGGUGGAGAUCGCGGUUCAAGAGGUGACGAAGCUUGUGCAUCAGGCAACGGGAUCCGUCUACGGAGAGCUGCGACGAGAGAACGAGUCCCUCAAGCGGAGACUGCAGACCGCUGAAGACCUGCUGGACUCUGGCCCUCCUCCUCCUCCUCCUCAUCUUCCUCCUGCGGCUCCCAGCUGUGCACACGAGGACAUAAAGCAUCGGGACGGUGACUCUGCUGCACCGGCGCUCGAUGGCGGUGUUGCUGCUUGUGAUGUGACUGAAGAAGUCGGAGAAGAGAUCGCUCAUCCAUCUGAGGUGAGCACAGAAGGCACGAACCAGCUGUGUAAUGAACUGGCAGCUCAAGAAUGCGACUUGCCAACCUUUCCUAACCGGAGCGGGGGGUCCAUUGUAAAGCAGUUCACUGUCAAGCAGGAGGAGCCGGACGAGGGGGAUGAUUCAGCUUGCUGUUUAGACUCCAUCAAAGUGGAGGAUUUCAGCCCGGAGUGCAUGACGGCGGUUCAGUCCAAAGUGCUGGAAGAGUGGAAACCAGAAAUGCUGGACAUUCAGUGCCAAGACUCAAACGCGUCUCUGUCCUGCACCAGACUCGCUGAGGACUUCCCAAACAUCUUCCAGUUGGCAGAACCCGCUCCCGUUCCAGAAGACCCCCCGCAGGUUUGUGGAGUCCACGUGCGGACCAGCCGCAACCCCGGCCACACCUUAACCAACCUCUACGCCUGCAAGUCCUGCAGCCAGACGUUCCACCUGCCCAGUUUGCUACGGCGGCACUACGGCCAGUGCCAGCAGAAGCUCCAGCAGUUCUAUCCGCAGCCUGUAGAUGGAAGCAAGAGGGCGAGGCUGCAGCUGUACCCGCCGGGCUGCAGCCCCUUCCGCUGCACGGUGUGCCACCGAGAGUUCAACCGCAUGGAGAACCUCAAGACUCACCUUCGCAUCCACACGGGGGAGAGGCCGUACACCUGCUCGGUCUGCUCAAAGUGUUUCCGUCACUCCGGGGCGUUAACCAGGCACUUCCGCAUCCACACCGGGGAGAAGCCGUACGUCUGCGGACAAUGCGGGAAGUCCUUCAGAAACUGUGGAGGGCUUAAAUUCCACCAGCGUUCACACAGCAGUCAGCUACAGUAGCUACACUUUGUUUUUAGAGCUGAUGGUGUGCAAUGCCGAACGUUCUUAUCUUUAUCUCGUAAAACUUCAAAAAAGGGUCAUACUCGCUAAUAUCCGAGUUUGAAUUGAUCUGUCUGUUUCUUAAACUGAUAGUAGGGAAACGCACAACUCUGGCCUUCCCUUUGAGAUUGAGGGUAUUGUUUUUACGAUUUUGACCUAUAAUGUGCCUCAUGCUGAGGUCAAAUCCUACAUAGUUACUGAAGUGUAUUUCAACGUUGCGCUAUAAAUUAGCUUAAUUCUUAUUAGUAAGACAAAACAUAGAUACUGCAGUGAUGAGCCACUUCUGUAUACAAUAGCUUAGUAGUAAAGCGUUGAACAUUUUGGUAUAAUUAUAAGUGCCAUUUUUUUCAAGGUUUUACGAUGGUAAUAUAAGCAAGUUUGUGAUAAAUCAAACUAAAAGUUUGAUUCUCAUGAACAUUUUGCUUUUUGUUGUCAAUUGCUUAGUUUAUUUGACCAUUGAUUUCGUCAAAUACUUGUGGACAACGUAUGUGUUUGUUUUACUGCACCACCGUACUAAAGGCUGUGCGUGUGUACCUUUUUGAAAUGGCAAAAUUUCCCUCUGAAAUGAAAACAUGGUUCAGGUAUCAGUAAAGCGUGCGUGCGUGUGUGUGUGUAUUCCUCUCUCGCCCCAUUAUAUGUUUUAUGUUUCAACAUUGUAUUUAGGUUAGGAUUAAGGCUUUAUCUAUUACCACUUUUAGUUUUUCCCUGCGUGCACACAUACCAGAACCAAGCCCCAUAUUCCUGCAGAAAACCAUCAAAUAUCCAUCAACAGCUGCAGAGUUCUGCUUCUGUCCUGUGGAGAAGGGAUUAUAAUAAACAGCACUUUCAGGGAUGUAUUUUACUUUAAAUCCCUGUGACAAUCCACACAAAGCACUUCUAGUUUCACCUUUAAACACUUAAUAGGAUUGACAGAAUUUUAAAAGUUCACAAAGAGCUCGGGGCUGCAGUUUGAAGUUAUGUCAUCUAAAACAGUCAUUAGGUAUAUUGAAACUGUCGGUGACAAAAAUAGUAUGAAUGAACUAUUGCUCUUUGGGGAUGUGUUCUCCUUCAAUCUCCACGUUGGCCUCCUCCUGCCCUGUGUGUUCUCCAGCUGUUCUGUAAAUGCAUCACUUUCAACAAGGCAUUAUAUUACUAGGUUAAUAUUAAAGUCCUCUUUCAGAAAUUG